GAAGUGUGACUGACAGUGGACUGACUCUCUGACGCUCCGAGACAAAACUACAACCAUCUCAUGAGGACGAUGAGAUGGCAGCUGGAAGAGCAAGGUCCUUCCGUCGUGUUGGGAGUCUCAUGCGUAGUAAAUCUGAGGGGACACUGAUUGAUCUGGAGGACAAAGUCUCAACCAUUGACAACAGGAAUGGUGUGUUUGUGACGCAGAACUCCGAGUGGCCUCUUUCACAACCAGAAGACGCACGUUUGUCUCAGUCGAAAAAUCCCUUUUGGAACAAACUGUCUGGAUCGAAUCCUUUCUUAGAUGACAUUGUAUUCAGCAGCACAGACAGAGACAUUUCCAGCGCUUUUAAUGUGAAACAAAACAAUGAAAAUCCUUUGGACACAAAUAACGAUGACGCCAUUAGCACAUCUUCGGAUGAAGGCAACGUGGGCAACUUUUUGGAAAACACAAACAAAGCCAUCGACAGAUCUGGGAGAUGCAGAAGUGCCUCCGACAUCCUGGAUGACCUGGAGAGAAAAGUGCCAAAACAUGAGAACAGCUUCAAACCGCCUGGACCGGUGCUGAACCCAGAUUUUGAGUGGCUUAAAAACGACAGAGAGGCCUACAAGAUGGCCUGGCUGAGCCACAGGCAGCUAACCCGCUCGUGUCUGGACUUAAAUCUAAUGAGUCAGAGUCCAGGGUGGGCUCAGACACAAGCCACCGACUUUCAGGUCAUCUGCAAGGUCGGCCACACUGGAGGCUCAGUACAGUUGCCAGCCUCAGAAAUUAGCAUCCAUAUCCAAGAAGGCCAUGUUCCUCCGGGAGAAGUCCAGGAAGUUACACUGAAAGCAAUGCUAGACCCUCCUCCUGGACUCAAUAACAACUACGUGACAACCCUGAGUCCACUUCUAGAGGUGGUCCUCAGCAACAUCAACAUAAAGGAGUGCAUCACUCUGGAGAUGAAACUGGCCGGAGAGGUGAAGAGUGACCCAUUGAGUCAGGUGAUGACUACUGUGGUCGGCCUGGUGUCCAACAAAAAAGAGGGACCUUAUCUUAAAGUGGACAACUGUUACAUUUACAAGAACAUGCUGCAGAUGAAGCUGCAGGACCUGAAGACACAUUUUUAUGUAAUUGCAGUUGCAGAGGCCUCUGCAAUCCAGUCUCCUGCUACAUCAGUAUGGGAUUACCUUGAUCGGCAAAUCACAGUAGCAGUUUAUGGCCCCAGGUAUAUCCAUCCGUCAUUCAAAGUCGUUAUAGUAGUCUGCGGCCAUGAUGACGUUCCUCCAAGGCUUCCGUUUUCAGAUGUCUGCAGAGGAAACAAAAAUAUACCUCCACUCGUGCUGCAGCUUUGGGGAAAACAUGGGUUUAAACCAGACAAACUGAACAACCUGCAUGUCGGUAUCAGCCUCACAGACUCGGUGUUUAAAAUCAAACCUGGGGACGAACUGAAGGAAGUGAGACAAAGUCGGCUCAAAAUAGGGACAGUUUUUCAUCUGCCAGUUGCGUUAUCUUGUGCUAGUAAUACAGAAAUGACUCCUUUUAAAUUAGAUCUACAGGUCAAAGAAGCAAAAGCUGCAAUUGUUGCACAAUUCCAGGUGCCUUCCCCUCCCGCAGCACCCAUCAGAUCAGAGAAGCGAGGGCCGCGGCAGACAGAAAAGCAGAUUGAAAGGUCAAGACGCUCGCCUAUUCCUGAGGAAAGUGUUCCAGAUUUCCCCAAAUUCGCAGACAGACCUGUGAACAUACAGUGGUAUGGUGUGGCCCUAAAGUCGGUCCUCCGUCAGCCACGCGUAGACUACCUUCUGGAGUAUUUCAAGGGGGAAACUGUGGCUCUCCUAUCAAAAGACACUGUUAGGUCAGUGGGUAACUCAAAAGUAAAGGAGUGGUAUAUCGGAUUCCUCCGAGGCAGGACCGGUUUGGUUCACUGCAAGAACAUCAAGCUCAUAACCACGGACCAAGUGAUCGACUUCACCAGCAUUCAAAUCACCACAGAGGUGCUGUUGGACAACAUGACGCUGCCCUUCAAGAAGCUUACUUACAUGUACUCCGCCAUCCAGACGCUGGUCACUGAACACAUAACCAGCUGGAGAGGUUUGGCUGACGCUUUAGGGUACGGCAAGCUGUCACUGGACACGAUCACACGGAGGCACGCCGACUCUCAGGCUGAUAAAGUGGCCUGCGUUCUGGAAAAGCUGAAGGAGGACUGCCACGCUGAGAAGAGCAGGAAAAAGUUUCUGCAUGAGCUCAUGGUGGGUCUGUUGAAGAUUGACUCUGUGAAUCUUGUGGCCCAGCUGAUUCAGAAAACAGUCAUUUUAUCCACAGCUGUGGAGCUGGGCGCUCGAUGGCGGGAGCUCGCUGAGAAGAUGGGCAAACUUUCCAGCACUCAGAUAGCGGACUAUGAGGCACCGCACCGAGGGAAGAGCAAGGAGGUCCCGGCCCAGUCAAUGUGGAAGCCCGCCUAUGACUUCCUGUACUCCUGGAGUCUGCGCUAUGGUGACAGCUACAGGGACAUGAUCCAGGAUCUGCACCUGUUCCUGGACAAAAUGAAAAACCCUGCCACCAGACAGUGGAGGCAGUUGACUGGUGCCCUCAUCACAGCGAACUGUCUGGAUAUCUUUAGAGCCUCUGCAUACCCAAAUUCCUAAACUUUAUGCAAGCGCACUCUGGUGAUGACAGCAACUUCCACGCACUUAAGAAAAACAGAGAGGUUUUGUUACACAGCAAUAAGGCUCUGAUGUUGUUACUUUGCUCUUUUUUUGUAGUUGUAUAGUUUUUCUCGUUUUUACACAAAGCAUUAGAAGCUACUUUAUUGAAGGUCGAUCAGGUACUUGCACUAAAUGUUUGAAACUCACUUGGAGAAUGGGAAAUAUGUUUAACAAAGAAGGAAUGUCUUUUAUUCUUACAAAGAGAAGAAAACGAAGUGUUGUUUGUUACUUCUCUCUAUGUCUCUAUGUACACAAAUGUGAGGAAGCCUUAACGUGAAAGUUCAUUUUGGUAGAUGAUUUUCUGUCAAAUGUUUAUGAGGUCACUCGUUCCCGACUGACAUCAUUUGUCCUGGGUAUCAAGAAUCUCAAAGUGGUGUUUUUAUCUUUUAUUCCUUGCCUGUUAAUAGUAUGCCAAUAUUAGCCAAUCUGCAAAUGUGCAUUACCUAAAGACCAGGUUAAAUUAUUAUUUAUGAAUCUAAUUUGAUUUCUUCUUGUACAUUACUUAACUUGCUGACUGUAUUCCGUUUGUUUUUUAAGUAUCCACACUAUUAGGAUCCACGUCACCUUUAUGGAUCCUGUGAAAGUUUGUACCAAUGGGAUUUUUAAGUUUUAGUUUUCUGUAAAAUACUGUAGGUAGUUAAUAAUAAUGUGAACACUGUUGCAAACUAACAAUAUCAAAAGGUUGCAGAACUGCUAGAACAUUAAAUGGAGUUUGUGUGCUAAAAGUGAGAAUGUUCUACCAAAGUGAAUUUUUCCUAAUGCCAGUAAACAAACCGUAAAGAUGCUAAUAUACAAGUGUCAUAAACUAUCGUUUCUUAAAUAUGAAUAUGUUAUUUUUAUACUGUAAUGAAAUGUUUUAGAAAUGCACAGAGCAGAUCAUUUCAUAAGAUAGACAAUGUAACUAUUGUGUUUAUAUGAUCAUGUUUUCUUUGCCAAAUAGAAACCUCACUGUUUAGAAAGGUGCCAUACACAGUCACUGAACUGUAAAACAACUAUUGAUAUCUUUGAUGCUGAAAUGAAGUUGUGUUGCAUUAGAUAUGAAUAAAUAUUA